AUGGACGGUUCAAGUCACAUGAAGCUUGUUCAAAGGAGAGCACUACAACUACAAUACAGUCAACAAGACGUUGGGUUUGGUUUAGGGGAAGAUAGUGUCCUUGUUUCUUCAUCACAGGUUCCUCACUUUGGUGAGAUUCCUGUAGAGCGUAAAGAAAGAAGAACCUGGACGCCUAUAGACGAUCAAGUGCUCAUAUCCUCUUGGUUAAACACAAGUAAAGAUCCGGUGGUAGGGAACGAGCAACGUUCUGGAGCUUUUUGGCAGAGAAUUGCCGCGUACUUUGCAGCAUCACCAAAGAUUGCAUUCAGUGAAAGAAGGGAGGCCGCUGCAAGCAGAGAGAGAACCAGCGGGCAAAACGAUAACGACGUUCUGAAGCUAGCGCAUGAGAUCUUCUUCAACAACCACAAGAAGAAGUUCACUCUAGAACAUGCGUGGAAAGAGCUUCGGAACGAUCAGAAAUGGUGUGACCUGUCAACUGUUAAAACGGAGAGUGGCUGUAAAAGGAGGAAGCUCGACGACAGCGCACAAUCAGCAACCUCUCACGCAUCUGAAUCCAUGACUGAUCGUCCCCCGGGUGUUAAGUCAGCUAAAGCCAAUGGUAAGAAGAGAAAUGCAGAGGAAAGGCUGUCUGAGUUUUCGGGUAUGUGGAGCAUCAGGAAGGAGAAUAUGGCUAUCAAAGAAAGGCUGUCGAAGAUGAAGCUCCUUGAUAGGCUACUUGCAAAAGUUGAGCCGCUUGAUGAGUCUGAAAAAACCUUGAAACAGAAACUGAUCAAUGAGUUAGUCUCUAAUUAG